GUUUAUUUAUAAGUUGCCGAUGUUUUCUUUUUCAAAUUGUUGUUCAUUACUUAACAAUAUAUGAAAAUGAUUUGUCGAUUAUGCCUUAAGGAUAUUACAGAGGUAAUAAAUAUUUUUGAUGAUGUAGGCGUGGAAUUGAACGUGUCCGGAGUAUUGGCGAAAUACUUUUGGUUUGAGCCAAGAAGUGAUGAUCCAAUAUCGACAGCAAUUUGUAAUUCAUGUUGGGUCACUGUAUCCAAUUUCCAUGAGUUUUACAUAGGUGUAGAAGAGGCUCAUAGGCUACUGACGGAGCGAUUUUCCUUGAAGACCGAAACCCAGCCGAAACGGAAGCGACGUCGUUAUUCAAUAUCGGAUGAUAAAGAGGCGGAUGAUUGGUUACACACAAGCUUAACUACUCGAGUUUCGAGAAGUGACAGCAAUGAGGAUGUUUAUAACGACAGCAAUGUACCAGUUGAGUCCACAACAGACGAAAAUAUUUGUUCGGAAAUAAGAGAAUUUAAAAGCGAACAUUCUUUAAACGGUGAUGAAAACUCCAUGAGUAGUGAAGCAAUUAUGGAGGAAGUAAUGGGUCUUGUUACAGAAUGUGAAGAUACACUCGCCAUACAAUCGGACCGAGACUUACGUUCCACACGUUCAAAAAGCAAAAAGAAAAUACAAGAUGAAAAUAAUGCUUCCGAAGGUAACCAAGUAAAGAACAUAAGCACUGAAGAUACGAAUUCAAACGUUAGCCCUGCUGUUGAGAUUAAGAAACGACGUGGCAGGCCACGUAAAGCUGAGACAAAUGACGAUGGUACAAUGAAAAAAGAAAGAGUAAAAACAAAAAAGAGUUCUAAGGAAGAUGAAGAAAGUUAUGAAAAACGAAUGCGUCAAAUUGAUGAGAAAAUUACCCAAUGUAUGCGUCUGGCAUGUGAUAUCUGUGCUGAGGAGCAACCAACAUUCUUAGAACUACGCAAACAUAUGGAAAUAGUGCAUCAAUGCAAAGGCUAUGCAAUAUGUUGCAAUAAAAAAUUCAAUAAACGUGCUCUCCUCUUGGGUCAUAUUGAAAAACACAUUAAUCCGGAUUGUUACAGGUGCGAAUCAUGCGAUAAAACUUUUGCCGAUAGGCAAUGUAUGCGCAACCAUUUCCUUAUCAAACAUCAACCGGAGGAGGAAAAGCAAUACAAGUGUAACCAUUGUUCUAAACGUUUUGCGCGUCCCUAUAUACUCGAACAGCAUCGCCUUAUACAUGAAGAACGCACACAUAUUUGUGACAUUUGUAAAAAAGGUUUUCCAACCGUAAACAUGCUCACCACACAUAAGAAGACUAUGCACACGGAUUAUGGUGCCACCGUAUGUGAUGUUUGUGCAAAAGUAAUUAGAGGUCGUACCGCUUUUGCACGCCAUCAACUGGAGCAUUCUGGCAUUGUGUUACCGAAAGUGCAAUGCGAAAAAUGUGGCUCAUGGCAUAAAGAUAAAUAUAGUUUACAGAAACAUAAGCGACGUCAUAAUGAGGACGGCACCAUACAUGUAUGUACAAUAUGUGGAAAGGUGGCACCAAAUCGUAGUGCAAUGUUAAGCCAUCAACGUUACGUACACAAAUCGGCGCGUGUGUUCGAGUGCAGUGUUUGUAAGAAAGCUUUUAAGAAGGCUAUAACAUUAAAGGAACAUAUGACCAUGCAUACCGGAGAGGUUUUAUAUAAUUGUCCCCAUUGUCCGAAGACCUUUAAUUCCAAUGCAAAUAUGCACUCACAUCGCAAAAAAGUACACCCUAAAGAAUUUGAAGAGACACGCAAAAAGCGUCGAGAAAAUGCUGCCAAACCUGAUGCACCUGCUGCUGAAAAAGAGCAAACGUCGGAAGCACCGACUGCCAAGGUGCCAAGUCGGUUAGAAGUCGACAAUAGUAAUGACAGUAAUGGUGAGGUUGGUAAUGCUGAUUCUAUGCCGCAGUUAAUUAUGAUUAAAUCCGACGAUGGCAACGAAACGCACAGCAUAUUGGUGACUACAGAGGGUUAUAGCGACAACGAAGCCGAGGGGAAUGAAAAUGAUAAUAGUAUUGUUUUUACAAUAAAUUAAUGUAAAUCUUUUU